AAGUUGGCUGUCUUCAACAGUACACCGUUUACUGUUUACAGAGCUUAGACGCCUCUUCGACCUCUAGGGCUUCUUCACCUUUGAUCCCCGCGCAGAGAAAGCCUCCUCCACUCAAUCCCCUCUCUGCCUCCCUUGCAUUCAUGGCGAACGCACCGGGACGGUCGUUUUUACAGGUUGCGGCUACGGAAGAGGCUGCCGUGCCACCUCUCAGAGUCGUUCAGAUUGAGGGACUGGUAAUUUUGAAGAUAAUUAAGCAUUGCAAGGAAUUUUCACCAGCUUUAGUCACUGGACAACUUCUUGGGUUGGACGUGGGAAGCGUCUUGGAAGUUACCAACUGUUUCCCCUUCCCGAUUCGGGAGGAAGAUGAAGAGAUAGAGGCUGAGGGUGCUAAUUAUCAACUUGAAAUGAUGAGAUGCCUGAGAGAGGUUAAUGUUGACAACAACACUGUUGGAUGGUACCAAUCGACUUUAUUUGGUUCAUAUCAGACAGUUGAACUUAUUGAGACCUUCAUGAACUACCAGGAAAAUAUAAGACGGUGUGUAUGCAUUAUAUAUGAUCCAUCGAGAUCCAACCAAGGUGUUCUGGCUCUGAAGGCUUUGAAGCUUUCUGACUCAUUCAUGGAGCUGUACCGGAAUAAUAAUUUCACUGGGGAGAAGUUGAGAGAGACGAAUCUUUCGUGGAUAGAUAUCUUCGAGGAGAUACCUAUAAAAGUUUCAAAUUCUGCCCUCAUAAGUGCCUUCAUGACCGAAUUGGAGCCAGAUACACCUGUUACCCAGAGUGAUUAUGAUCGCCUAAAUUUGUCAACUAAUCCAUAUCUGGAGAGAAAUGUGGAAUUUAUGAUUGAAUGUAUGGAUGACUUGUCAAAGCAGCAGCAGGAGUUCCAUAACUACUAUAGGAACCUUUCACGCCAACAAUCUCAGCAGCAAGCUUGGCUUCAAAAGAGGAGGGCGGAGAACAUGGCACGUAAAGCUGCUGGAGAAGAACCACUACCUGAGGAGGAUCCUUCUAAUCCCUUCUUUAAGCCAAUUCCCGAGCCUUCUCGAUUAGAUAGCUUUCUCAUCACUAAUCAGAUUUCAAACUAUUGCAAUCAAAUUAAUGGGGUUGCGGGCCAGAGCUUUAACAGACUCUAUUUGAUGAAGGCUCUGCAUGAUAAUUAAAUACGAAGUAGUAUUUCCAGGAAAUCCACAUCCCGGUUGUUGACUCCUGUAUUUCUAGUUCUCAUCUCAGUUUUGAAAACGUCAUUCUCAUUGUCGUGUACUUGUAAGAAGCCAAAUGAUAUUGGACAUACAUGGAGUGAAUGUUUCUUUAAUCUCUUAUUUAUACAAUUAUAUGCCCUCUUGGCGGUAGUAAUAAGCAAUCUUUCAUUUUACCCCGCCCUAUU